CCUCAACGUGGGUGACGCGAAAAUGUGAAGUUGUUUUGAAGCUGUGUAGAUUUGGCGGAAUGGGGCCAUGGUCGUUGAAUUGAAGACAAAAGAGAAAGAUAAUUGAGAAUAACAGAGGAACGUGUGUUACCAUGAUGCCCGGGGACACUCAGGCGAAAACGGUGGCCAUAGCUGCGGACGCGAAGUUGGGAAACUGUCAGAACUGCUCAGUUCUGCAUCAGAGCCUGACCGAAUAUGUGUCCUCCUUCCUGGCACUGAAACAGAGGAUAACUGUCUCAGAUGACUCUAUCAGACUCCAACAACAGCUGGAGGAGCUGCAGAUCAGUUUGGUUACACUGGAGGAAAAGACUGUUGAUUAUGAAUCUAUGCAAGCUGAGCUGGAAGAAAAGAAGCGCGCUCUUUUGGCCUAUGGACACAUUUCUGAGGAGAUGGAAAAACUAAAGCAGGAAAACAGCAAGACAGUAGCAGAGAAGAAGAAGCUUGAAGAACAACUAAAGGAUGAGAAAGAACUAUCAGAAACACAAUCACUUGAGAAUGCACAACUGAAGAGGGAAAAGGCCGAAGUAGAAAAUGAUCUAUUAAAAACACAGACGUCUUUUAAGAAAUCUCAGGCCAGAGCAGAUCAAGUUGAAAAGCUGACAGAGGAGAAUAUCAAGAUAACAAGCAUAAAGGAUAACCUUGAAAAUAACGUUAAACUGCUUGAAGACUCAGUUUCCAAACAGAAUCAUCAAAUAUCCAAACUCACCAAAAAGAAGAUCCUGCUGGAGACAAAUCUUGUUGAUCUCCAGGCGAGACUGUUGAAACUGGAAAGAGAAAGGAGUAAAGACUAUAGGAGCACAUCAACACAAGCAAGUCCCCCAGAGGAGCAUAAAGUGGACAAAGAAAAAGUCCUGAUGCUGCUCGAGAAUUUGUGGGCAUGUGUAGAACCUCAACAGCAGCAUUCGCGAAAUCAGUUGCACUUAACUGGUGAAACAUCAUUAAAGUCCUGCCUCAACUCCAAGCAGGUUGGACCCUUGACUCCACAACGCACAGUGAACUCUCAUCCGAGUUUCAUGCCUCAGUCCACCUCUGACAACAACGUGGGAUCUCACUCUCACAUGAUGCAGACAAAACCCUUCUCCAAAGCUUCUCCCCUUGCACAGAAAACCAUCAAGCACCAAGUGUCUCCUCAGCGCUCGGGUGGCAAGAAGCAGAGAGACUCUCCCAAAAAAAGCAAGCGAUUGUCCAAGGGAAACAAAACUGAGGAGUCUUCUUCGGACAAAGGCAGCUCCAGAGUUUCUGUUGAGGAGAUCAUGGAGAUGUUAAAACCGAUGCCCCUCUGCCUAUCACCAAUAUUAGACAUGGAUAAAGAGAUGGAGUCUAUGGAUACGGAUGAUAGAGAAGAGGGAAACCGUCACCGACCCUCUGAUGACUCUGCCGCUCUACAACAAGAGGCGUCCAUACCACCAGUGGAAGAGACCGUGGACUUGCCAGUUGUCACAGAACCUGAAGUUGAACACAUUUCUGAGGAAAGUGACUCCAAAGACUUGGAGCAGAAGGAGCUGAACAGUGUCACUGACCUGAAAGAUAAAAGCAGUGCAGACGUUGAAGAAAUGGAUCUUCAGAAAGACGAGCAGACUGAGCAGGAAGCAGCCACUGUGCCAACACAGUCCACAUUAGCACCUUCUUUUCCUGCCACACCAGAUAAUACAGUACUGGUCGAGGCUGUCUCGUCAGCAAGUGAAAAUCAACAACCAUCCUGCAGCAGAAAUCCCUGUCACAACAUUACCACUGACAUCACCGAAACUGAAACGGCUCCAGAAAAGGAAAAGGAGGAUCAGUCAGAGACAAUAACAAUAAUGGAUGUAGAUGUAAACCUUAGUGAUGGUACCGGAGCCAUAACAGUCGCUGAUGAAGCUGCAGAGUCACCCAGAGGAACCGAUAACACUGUAGCUCCCGAAGAGUUGCAGCAAGGUGCUUCCUCAACAUUUACAGACUUCGUGAAAGACUCUGAGGUUUCAAACAGAGAUAAUCUCUUAAAUGUUGAGAAAAGUCAUGAAGACUCUUGUCUUUCGACACAGAGCCAUCAGGAGGCCUCUGGGGUGAAGCCUCAGGAGAUCAAAUCUUCCCCUGGCAAACACACGAGCUUGCCAGAAGAUGAUAACAUUUGUACGUCAGGCAGCAGUAACAGCUUCACUAGUGUCCCAAUUAAAAUAGUUAAAGAGGAGCUUGAAAACAAUGGACCCAUUAAACAUAUUGAGGUAGAAAAUAAUAAUGACGAACAAAAAAUUAUAAGAGUUGAUAGAAUUCUUCGUUCUUCCCCAGAGUCACACAGCAGCACCAGAUGUCAAUCAACUCAAAUAUGUUCACAGUUAAAGAUGGAAGAUGCAGACGAGGGUCAAACUGGCCAGAAUUCUGACCAAGUAAAUGUUGAAACCCCCGAAGAGAACCUUGAAAUAGAGACAUUGAACAAAGAAAUAACGUCUGAUCCUGAAUCUUCCCUUUCUGUUUCCCAAGAGACGUUGAGUGUUGACUGUGAGUCUUUGAAAGAAAACACACAUUCUGUGUGCAGGCAGUUGAGCCCCACGUGUCUGAUGCCCACUGUAAAACUGAAGGUUUUGCAAACUCACUCAAACAUAGAAGAGUUGACUGUGGAUGUUGAGCACGUUUCAACGAACAACAAAGCUGUUCCUGAUCCAGAGGAGAAAGGUGUGAUUUUAACUGCUGUCGUCAAAGACGUCUCCCGGGAGAGAAUCGUCACACUGAGCACCGCCUCAUUAAUUCCGAGAGCGACUACCAUGAAUAGGCCGAGUAACGGUUUGGAGCAACAAAGUGACCCGGCAGCAGCUUCAUCUACAUCCACAGAUCAACCACAGCAAUGCUUAGGUGACGUUCGCUCUGAGAUGGGCCCCCCGCUUCCCCCUCUCCUAACCCCUCUGAGCACACCCACAAAAGCAGGUAAAUCAAUCAGUCCGCGGCAGGCUAUUGGAAAACUCUUAUUUCCCUCACCCAUGGAUAGGCUGGCUUCUCCUAUCACCCCUGUUCUGAGCCACAGGACACCCAACAGUCGCCAUCUAAGUGUCCCCUCGUCACCGGUUCAGUUCGGCUCUGCCACGCCCAAACACGCCGUUCCGGUCCCGGGUCGCCUGCCCAUAACAGCCAUGAACUCCUCGCCGUCCUCCUCCAGUCCGUCUCAGGAAAACUCCAUGAGAAUGCUCGACACCAUGUAUCCAGAGAUGUCGGCCCGCGCCAGAACUCUGAGCAUCCUCAGAAGGAACGUUAAUCUUAGCAUUUGCUCAUCGGAGAACGGGACGUUACCCAAGACAUCUGAAAAUCAGAUGUCCGGUUUUAAGACCGUCAACUCCACCUCGACGGCCUUCACCAAGACUGAGACGAGAGGGGAAAAAAGACAGGCCACCAGUUUGCUUGAGCCCCUUAACAGCAAAUGUUGCAGGCUUGACAGCCACUCUCCCACCACCAGUCGUAUGCAGGUGCCUUCCUGCUCAUCAAACAGUGGAGAAGAGACCGCCUCAGCCCAGAGUUUGAAGCUUGAACCGAUCAAAAAUCUGUCUCAGUCCAUGGACAGUGGAGAACCUGCAGAGCAAAAUCUGGCUGAUGUUUUAAAGAAAAUUGAAAAGCAGUGUUUUGAUGUAUUGCCCGUGAUCCAGAGCCACAUCCACGUUGGUAACCUCCCCAAAAAACCUGUCUUGAGGGAUGAAGAGAAGGAGGUCAUCUCUGAGAUUUGCCACAGCAGCUUGCUCAAGGCGGAUGAUGUGAUUUCAGCCAUCCUGCACAAACUGAAAACUGAGAAGAAGGACCUGAGCACAAACUACCUGCAGGCUCUCUGUAGAGUCUACACAGGCAUCUGUAGACAGAAGAGGGACUGGGAGAAGGCUCACAUCCUGGCCUACAGCGUUCUCACAGAAGAUUUCCCAGAUUCUGCCAAGCUGAUUUUGUUCAUGGUGACAACGUGGCCCAGGCUUCUCUCACACAGCAGCUGUUUGUGCCGGGCCAUACACAUUGUCACCAAAAUGAAAGCGCAACAAGAGAUUCUCGGCGCACUUUCAGCGUUCCUCGGCUGGGAAAAGAAUCCUCCCUGUGAAAUUGACCAGCUGAUCUCCAGAGUGCUGUCUGAUAUCCGGUCAGGGUCAGGUGGGUCUUUCACCAAACACAGUCGGUACGGGUGGGACCUGGGGACUCAGGCGUGGGAACAUGUCUUCACUCUGCACCUUCUCUGUACUCAAAAAAAGUGGAAGUGGACCUAUGCAAAUCUUUUAAGCAAAGAGUUGUGGCCUUUAAUGAACACGUGGGUGACGCAGCCCAGAGAUCAACAAGCACCCGUUUCUGAUCUAACUGUCGCCACUGUGCUCCGACUCAUAGGAUGCCUCUGUCAGCUGGGAAUGAAAGAGAGGUCUGCGUCUGUGGUAACUGUCGCCCAUGUCAUCAACGCGUUCGGUCGACAUGGACAGAAGGAAGGUGUGCCUUGGGAGGUCCAGCUAGCAGCCGUGUACUGCAUGCACGAACUGUCACCCAGCAACCCAAAACAAGCCCUGGACGCCCUUGCGGAGUGGAGAGUAGAGACGACUCAGAGCCCCCCCCCUGCUGUCACUAGCUACAUUAACCAGUUAGCCUCCAUCUGCAGACAAGUCAAGAGCUGAGAGAGACACGUGUUAGAGAAAGUGAUGUGGACAUGCAUUCAUUUUAAAGGCAGGAGAAUGAAGACGCCACCAUACAUCCCUCUAUUCAUUUUAACUCACUGACAUGAGUUGCAUGUGAUAGAGGUGUUUGGAUCUAUGAACAGUCACAAAUGGGUUUUGUGCCAUCUUAUAUUCAAAGACUUCUUAAACAUAUUCUAUUUUUGUCUUUUAUGUACACUUCCACACGUAUAGAGUGACUGCUCCAUCUCAGUUAAUGUUUCCUAAAUUUUUAAUGACACAUAUAGAAUUUGGUUUUCUGAUCUUUUAGCAUUCCACUCUCUGUUUCAUAUGAAUUCCUCCCUGUCUGCCAUACUCAGGUAAUGCUCUGAAAAUAUUGUAAAUUGUGUACAUUUGUAUUCUGACUCAACCGGGUGCUACUGUAAAUGUUUCUUCGUUCGUCUUUGUGUAAAUAUAAGGUGCUUUGUACAAAUGAAAAUAAGAAAUGUUUUGUAAAGUUGUAAGAUUCAGGGAUUAUUUAAGUCUUUUUUUUUCCAAAUUAAAAUUUCCAUUUAUUGAGACAAAUCAA